AUGCCGCUCAAGACGCCCUUUGGGCUCUUGCAAGAGUAUGAAUGCAAGAGAGAGCAUUUGCGUCUCUCCUUGUGGCUCUUCUUCCUUGCUUGUUCCGUGAUGUUCCUGAUCCGUCAUCUGAUGUUCAUGUGGUUCCUUGUCUUGUUUUGCAUCGUCAACGCUUACAUCGCCCUCGGAAUCUACUGGGGAUCGGCUCGCAGUCUCUGGUGGACUCAUAAGGCUCAUAUCUUCUGUAUCUCUCUUCUGGCUUCCCUCUGGAUCACUCUUCCAUACUACCUGGCCAAUUACGAGUCCAUGUUCCAUCUCUGCAUCUCGCCCGUUCCUGCCCACUGCGGAAUUCAUAAUUUGAGACAACGCAAAUGGCUUAUGUACGUCUACUCAGGACUCUAUUUCGUUGGAAUUGGAAUGAUGGUCUUUGCCGAAGCUUGUCGUCUCCGUAUGACUACCUAUCUACUCAUCAAGGCUGAACGUUUCGAGGGACGUGCCACUAUUGCCGAGGAAGGAAUGAUGAAUGUGAACAUCUCUGUUGGAACAAUCGAGGAACAACCCAAGGAAAAGGACCCAAAGGAUAUCGUGAUCGUUGCUUGA